AUGGAGGCCUGUGCCUCCCGGGAGCCUGAGACGGCCGAAGUGCUGUCCCAGCACAAGUUCGACCGCAAGUCCCUGGAGGACUACCUGAGCCAGCACUUGCCAGGCUUUGCGGCUGAGCCGGGGACCACGCUGUCAGUUGCUCAAUACAGAUUAGGACAAUCCAAUCCAACCUUUUAUCUCCAGAAGGGCAUUCAAGCAUAUGUACUCAGGAAAAAACCACCAGGUUCACUUCUUCCUAAAGCACACAAGAUUGAUAGGGAAUUUAAAGUCCAGAAAGCCUUGUAUUCAAGUGGAUUCCCUGUUCCCAAGCCUUUACUAUACUGCAGUGAUGCUUCUAUUAUUGGAACAGAAUUUUAUGUGAUGGAACAUGUGCAGGGGAGAAUAUUUCGUGAUUUCACUAUUCCUGAAGUUAGCCCAGCAGAGCGCUCGGCCAUAUAUGUGGCCGUGAUUGAAACCUUGGCUCGAUUACAUUCCUUGAAUGUCCAGUCAUUGCAGCUGGAGCGAUAUGGCAGAGGAGCAGGGUACUGCAAAAGACAGGUAUCAACAUGGACGAAGCAGUAUCAGGCUGCAGCUCAUCAGGACAUCCCUGCCAUGAACCAACUAUCUGAUUGGCUUGUGAAAAACUUGCCAGAUAAUGACAAUGAAGAGAGUUUGAUUCAUGGAGAUUUCAAACUGGAUAACAUAGUUUUCCACCCUAAAGAGUCUCGAGUUGUAGCAGUACUGGAUUGGGAGCUUUCAACCAUUGGUCAUCCCCUGUCAGACUUAGCUCAUCUUUCCCUGUUCUACUUUUGGCCAAGGACAGUUCCAAUGACAAAUUAUAGUUCUUAUUUUCAAGAAAACAUAGGGAUACCAUCAAUGGAAGAACUGAUUUCAAUAUAUUGCCAUCACAGGGGAAUUCAUUCUGUUCUUCCUAACUGGAACUUCUUUCUGGCUCUUUCAUAUUUUAAAAUGGCUGGAAUAGCACAGGGAGUCUAUAGUCGCUAUCUUCUGGGGAAUAAUGCAUCAGAGAAUAGCUUUCUGUUUGCCGAUAUUGUGAAACCUCUGGCAGAAACUGGAUUACAACUUUCAAAAAGAACUUUUAAUAUUAUACAACCACAGACGGAUACUACUGGACACAUGUUUAUGCAGACUAGGACAGGCCAGGAAGUCCUCACAAGGGUGAAGUAUUUCAUGAAACAACACAUCCUUCCAGCUGAAAAGGAGGUAAUUGAGUUCUAUGUUCAAAAUGGAAAUUCUAUGGAUAAAUGGAAAAAACCUUUAGUGAUUGAUAAACUCAAGGAAAUGGCCAAAGCAGAGGGCCUCUGGAAUCUGUUUCUGCCAGCUGUAAGCGGUCUCAGCCAGGUGGACUAUGCCUUGAUUGCCGAAGAAACAGGAAAAUGUUUUUUUGCUCCAGAAGUCUUUAACUGCCAAGCACCAGACACGGGGAACAUGGAGGUUCUGCACCUAUAUGGAAGCAAGGACCAGAAGCAGCAGUGGCUUGAGCCUCUUCUUCAAGGGAGAAUUACCUCCUGCUUCUGUAUGACAGAGCCCAAUGUAGCUUCAAGUGAUGCCACCAAUAUUGAAACCAGCAUCCAACGAGAUGGUGAUAGCUAUGUCAUUAAUGGCAAGAAGUGGUGGAGCAGUGGAGCUGGGAAUCCAAACUGUGAAAUUGCAAUUGUCAUGGGAAGAACUGAAAAUCCUUCUCAGUCCAGACACAAACAACACAGCAUGAUUCUUGUUCCUAUCGACACACCUGGAGUAGAAUUAAUAAGGCCUUUGUCAGUUUUUGGCUUCAUGGAUAAUUUGCAUGGAGGACACUUUGAGAUCCAUUUUAAACAAGUGCGAGUUCCUGCCACCAAUUUAAUACUAGGUGAAGGAAGGGGAUUUGAAAUUGCCCAAGGCCGCCUUGGACCUGGCAGAAUCCACCAUUGCAUGAGAACAGUAGGUUUGGCAGAACGUGCUUUACAGAUCAUGUGUGAACGUGCAACACAAAGGGUGGCCUUUAAGAAGAAACUGUAUGCACAUGAGGUAGUUGCCCACUGGAUUGCUGAAAGCCGCAUUGCCAUUGAACAGAUCCGUUUGUUGACCCUGAAAGCUGCCUUCAGCAUUGACACUGUGGGCAGUGCUCACGCUAAGAAAGAGAUUGCAAUGAUCAAAGUGGCUGCCCCACGAACAGUCUGCAAAAUCAUUGACCGGGCCAUUCAAGUGUGUGGAGGAGCAGGUGUUUCCCAGGACUACCCUCUGGCUAACAUGUAUGCCCUAAUCCGAACUCUGCGUUUGGCAGAUGGGCCGGAUGAAGUUCAUCUCUCAGCAAUCGCAGGAAUGGAGCUGCGUGACCAAGCCAAAGGGCUGGUGGCCAAAAUGUAG